CCCAGAAAGCUCAUGGAAAAUUUUUGUUACCUUUCUUGUCUCUCUUUCUCUAUUUAACUUUGUUUUUUUUUAAUCAAACCAUAGCGCAGACAGAGAAAAAAUCUCGGAAACUUCUCAGGGUUGAUGAGAGUUCAGUUUAACUGUAUACAAUGAGUACUGGCACAGCAGCAUCAGCAACCGCUACAACACAAACAAAAUUCAUAAAAUGUGUUACAGUUGGGGAUGGAGCUGUUGGAAAGACUUGUCUCCUUAUUUCUUACACUAGCAACACCUUUCCAACUGAUUAUGUUCCAACUGUUUUUGAUAACUUCAGCGCCAAUGUUAUGGUUGAUGGGCAGACUGUCAAUUUGGGUCUCUGGGAUACUGCAGGUCAGGAAGACUAUAACAGGUUGAGGCCUCUAAGUUACAGAGGAGCUGACGUGUUCCUUCUUGCUUUCUCCCUAAUAAGUAGGCCUAGCUAUGAGAAUGUAUCAAAAAAAUGGGUCCCAGAGCUGAGACAUUAUGCCCCUUCAAUGCCCAUUGUUCUUGUGGGGACCAAACUAGAUUUAAGAGAAGACAGGCAGUUCCGCUUGGAUUAUCCUGGGGCGUGUACUAUUUCUACAGAACAGGGUCUUGAACUAAAGAAGCAAAUAGGAGCACUGGCUUACAUAGAGUGCAGCUCGAAGACACAGCAGAAUGUGAAAGCUGUAUUUGAUGCUGCUAUCAAGGUUGUUCUCCAGCCCCCAAAGCAAAAGAAGCGAAAGAAGAAACCGAGUAUAUGCCAUGUUCUUUAAAACAAACUCCCUAGUGAACAACAGUGUCAAGUUGACUAUAUGAUUCUCCUCUUGUGCAUUCUUGAUCUUGUUUAUUACAUUUUCUUUGUGUUGAUUUUAUCGAGUGCUUCAUCUCCUUCUGAAGUUGGGGCUUUGCUAUGUCAUCUUCAAGAACUCUAAGGUUGUUUGGAUUCUGUAAAUUGGCUGCUUAUUGCAAUGAUUUGAUGUGAAUCAAAUUUGCUUUUAACCUAUUUCUGUGAUCUAAGUUGUGGAAUUUGUUAUCCUCUUAGCAUUUGAAGCUCCAUUUUGGUUAAGCUUUAAGACAUGGACUCAGGGCUCUGAAGGCCAUUACAAAGUCGAAUUUUCCCAACUUGUAAAUGACUGGACAUUAACAUUACAAAAUAGUUAGUGAUCAAUGGGUUUUAUUCGCAAGGAGUUAGUCCAAUUGGUAAGAUUACUAGUUUUAUUGC